ACAACUCAGAAGAGUCGACGUCUCAGCGAGCCCGGUGUUGGCUGGUGGUACCAAUUCCAGGUGGCCGCGGCCACACGCUGGGGCUCUCGUGGUUUCCACGAGCCCGGCAUCUCGCCGCCUGUCGCCUGGAACUCUGAGCCCCCGAGGCCACCCUCACCACCUCGGCAUCUCCGCGAGGGUGUGCUUCGGAUACAGGCCAUGGGUACAGGCGCGUCUGCUGCUUCCGGUGGUUCGGGCGGACAGGGUGGCGGAGAUAUUAGUCCAGAGAUGAAUAGUGACAACCUAACUGCCACCCUGAGCCUCGAGAUUCACUGGAGUCCCCCGGAGAUGGCGGAUAUUCCUGUCACAGAAUAUAGGGUCGGCCCCACGGCCACUCAUGAGCUUUCUACACCUCAAGCACAUGCGAUUGUAGCUAAUCCUUUGAAUGGUCUUAUACCAAAAACACCAACAUUUUUCCCGAUGUGA